GCAUGAAGUGACGUCAUGUCGGCGCAUGCGUGGACGGACAGUUACGAGCAGCAGGAGAAGAUGGAGGACACAUACCCAACAGCGCGGCAAGGCACGGAGAACCUGGACGAGCCGCCAAACAGUCGCUUGUUCCUGGUCACCAGUCGCUCCAUCAGCGAGGAUGAAGUGCGGGAGAAUUUCUGCGUGUUCGGGGACAUCCAGGGCAUUUGGCUGGUGAAGGACAAGCAGACAAAGGAGUCCAAAGGGGUUUGCUACGUCAAGUUCGCCAAAUCGUCUCAGGCCUGCUUGGCCAUGGAAGAAAUGCACGGAAAGGUUCUGUCGGAUGGAACCAAACCCAUCAAGGUGUUUAUCGCACAGUCGCGCUCGUCCACGAGCCACAGAGACGUGGAGGAUGAGGAGCUGACCAGGAUCUUUGUCGUGAUCCCCAAGACGUUCUCGGAGGAAGACCUGAAGAAUACAUUCAAGGAGUACGGCAACAUCGAGUAUUGCGUCAUCAUCAAGAACAGGGCGACGGGGGAGAGUAAAGGUUUGGGCUACGUGAGAUACCACAAACCCUCCCAAGCUGCCAUGGCCAUCGAGAACGGUGACAAAGCUUACAGAGCCAUCUUGGCCGAGCCUCGCACCAAGCCCCCAGCCCCAGACGAGUACACGGGCGGGCCCACGUCCAGGAGCGACUACACGGGCGGCGGCGGUGCCGCGGCCGACUCCAUGAACCAGUACCCCUUCUCCAUGGGCUCGGCAGAACCCACCAACUACCCUGGAAUGGACUACCGCGCCGGCGGCUUCACCUGCUGCCUGAUGGUGUCCACACGAGCUGCGCUGACCCAGGAGCAGAUCUUCAACCUCUUCGAUAUCAUCCCGGGGAUGGAAUACUGUGAGCUGCAGCGUGACGCUUAUGGGAUGGGCAAAGGUCACGCUGUGAUUCGCUACACAAACCUGGGAUCAGCUGUUUAUGCCAAAGAAAAACUGAAUGGCUUUGAGUAUCCUCCCAACAACAGACUGCUGGUCAGCUUUAUGGAUGAUGGAGAAGAUCGCAACAGCCCAGUGAGCCGGAUGGCCAUGCAGUUUGUGUCCAGUCAGGUGAUGUCAUCAAUGUGGAACAGACCCACCGGCAACCAAGCCAUGAAACCUUCUGGCUUCUCGGCAGCGUCUCGGAUCCAGACGGAUGUCCAGCUGCCGCCCCCCAAGAAGCUGGCACCGCCCGACAGCAGGUCCAAGGAACGCCUCUUCGUGGUCUUCACCCCCACCCCCUUGCCACUCGACGUGCUGGAGGAUGUUUUCAGCCGCUUCGGUGCUCUGAUUGAAGUGCACUUGAUCCCAGGCAGGAAGGUUGGAUACAUGAAGUACGCCGAGAAGCAGUGUGCGUACGACGCCAUGACGGCGCUGCACGGUCAGUUCAUCAACGGCGUGAAGAUGAAGGUGAUGCUGGCCGAUCCUCCCCGAGAGGAAUCACACAAAAGGCUUCGCACCUACUAGGAUGUGAGCAGAGGACAGGUCAACAUUCCAUGUGAUUCCAAGAAGGAACUGGCUGCAUUUCUUAGAACAGAAUCAGCGUGUUCACCACUUCUUUACACCAGGGGGGCGGAGUCAAACAGUCAUGUGACCAUAAGUCCGUCAGUCUUUUGUGGUCCUUAAGUUUGUCCCGCUCAGUCGUCCAAUGCCAGUGUGUUGAGCUCCUCGUCUAGAUCUUCUAGAUCUUCUCCAGUGAACAAGUUCUCAUCCACCGGCACGUCCUCCUCUUCAUCCUCCUCCUCCUCUUCCUCACCCCCUGGUAGGACGUCGGCUUCGGUGCCGCCACAAGCUCCGUUUAACUGCUCUGUGGGCACAAAAGUCACUUUGACUUCACUUCAUUUAAAGUGUCAGUAGAGUGUAAACACAAGUUGACUUAUAUGGCUUCAAAUCAUCAAUGUCUCAAAGGGCUGCACAAGCCACAACGACAUUGUGUCCAUUCAACUUAUCAAUUGUAUUUACAAUCCACAAAGUAUUUGAAAAUACCGUC